UUGACGUCUGACAAAUACGUGUCGUAAAGCAAGGAAGCAGACGCAAGAAGUCAACUAAGUAGUGAGUUAUCAGCAGCUAGCUAGGUAAAUAAGUUUUAAAAGAAAAAGUAAGCUAAUUUACACCAUUGUUGUGUAGCUAGUUGCUAGUGUAUUGUCUGUUUGUAUUGUCAGGUUAGCACAGGUGUUGCUAACGUUUGCUAGUUUACAGUAUGGACGUGUUACGUCCAACUCUUAUCAAUAUAAAUGGAAGGAUGUACCGUAGGAAUGUAAUUAAGGAAGAACAUUAUGAAGAAGAAGAUUGCUCUUACAUGGGACCAACAGAGAGUGAAGAUGUAGCAGACGAAACCUGUGACACCCACUUCAUUGAACAGACAGAUAAAGGUUACCGCUGUGCCAUUGACGUCCCAAGCGUUCUUUACAAAUAUAUCAUUGGGAAAAAAGGAGAAACACGCAAACGUCUGGAGUUUGACACAAAGACGUCUAUCAGUAUCCCAAAACAAGGAGUGGAAGGACAGAUUGUUAUCACAGGUUCCUACAAAUCUGCAGUUUCAUCUGCAGUCACUCGAGUUGAGGUCCUCGUGGAGAAUUUCCGGAAAAAGCAGCCUUUCACGCACUUCCUUUCAUUCCCGCUGAAUGAUUCCAAAAUUCAAGAGGGAUUCCUGACAUUUAAAGAUGAGGUGUUGCAGCAAUGUUCACAGGAUCACGGAGUAGAGGGAAGCAUCUUUCAAAACCCUGCAAAGCUGCACUUGACAAUCGGUACCCUGGCUCUACUGAAUGACAUGGAAGUGAGGAAAGCAUGUGAACAUCUCCAAGAGUGUGAAAAGUUCAUCAGGGACAUUACUGGAGGAAAACCUCUGCCACUGGAGGUGACGGGUGUAGAGUACAUGAAUGAUGAUCCAGCCAUGGUGGACGUCCUGUAUGCCAAAGUCAAUGUCAAAGACGGAUCUGAUAAGCUGCAGGUGAUUGCAGAUCGACUGGUGGAGCAUUUUGUCUCUGCAGGGCUGAUGAUUAGAGAGUGGGACAGAGUGAAGCUGCACGGCACCGUGAUGAACACUCUGUUCAGAAAGGACUCCACAGUUGAAGACACGGGCGGGACCGGAAGACAAGCCACGAGUGAAAGGGAGGCUUUUGAUGCCAGAAACAUAUUAAAGAAAUUUGGUACCUACUGUUUUGGAGGGUUUGAGCUGAACACUGUUCUGCUGUCCCAGAGAUAUUCAACAGACUGCACUGGAUACUACAGCUCUGCAGGGAGCAUCAACUUCUCUUGAGCCUCAGUGGGACUGCACUGAUUCUGAGGUCUUUGGAUGGAGAUUGAUGUUGGCUCAUGAACAAACUCUUUGCUGACAGAUGGAAGACGAGGUCCCAUCAGAUUCGAACACGAAUGGAUUUGCAGCAAAACGCAAUAACAUCUGUUCCUGAAUCUUUUGUUGAAAUCAGUUGUAAAAUUGGAUUGUUUUUCCCCUUUCCUUCUGGCAUGGUGUGCUACACUUCAACACUCUGUUUUUAAUUUGUCAGGAAUAAAUAAAUGUGUAACGCAUCCA